AUGGGCCUGUGGGGAAUACUUUGCUUUUUAAUCUUCCUGGGGAAAACUUGGGGCCAGGAUCAAACGUAUGUCAUUUCAGCACCAAAAAUAUUCCGUGUUGGAGCAUCUGAAAAUGUUGUAAUUCAAGUUUAUGGAUACACUGAAGAAUUUGAUGCAACAAUCUCAAUCAAAAGCUUUCCCGACAAAAAAGUUACUUACUCUUCAGGCCAUGUUACUUUAUCCACAGAAAAUAAAUUCCAAAAUUCUGCUACCUUAACAAUACCACCCAAACAGUUGUCUGAAAGGCAAAGCUUAGUUUCACAUGUGUAUUUGGAAGUUAUAUCGAAGCAUUUUUCAAAAGCAAAAAAAAUACCAAUAACCUACAACAAUGGAUUCCUCUUCAUUCAUACAGACAAACCUGUCUACACUCCACACCAGUCAGUAAAGGUUAGAGUUUAUUCACUGAAUGAUGACCUGAAGCCAGCCAGAAGAGAAACUGUCUUAACUUUCAUAGAUCCCGAAGAAUCAGAAGUUUACAUGGUCGAAGAAAAUGAUUAUACUGGAAUUAUUUCUUUUCCUGACUUCAAGAUUCCAUCUAAUCCUAAAUACGGUGUGUGGACCAUUCGAGCUAAAUAUAAAGAAGACUUUUCAACAACUGGAACCGCAUAUUUUGAAAUUAAAGAAUAUGUGUUGCCACAUUUUUCUAUCUCAAUAGAACCAGAAAGUAAUUUCAUUGGUUAUAAGGACUUUACUAGUUUUGAAAUUACUAUAAGAGCAAGAUAUUUUUAUAAUAAAGUCGUCAAUGAGGCUGACGUUUAUAUCUCUUUUGGAAUAAGAGACAACUUAAAAGAUAAUCAAAAAGAAAUGAUGCAAAAAGCAAUGCAAAGCACAACGUUGAUAAACGGAAUGGCUCAAGUCACAUUUAACUCUGAAACAGCAGUUAAAGAAUUGUCCUAUGAAAGUCUAGAAGAUUUAAAUGACAAGUACCUCUAUAUUGGUGUGACAAUCAUAGAGUCUACAGGUGGAUUUUCUGAAGAAGCAGAAAUCCCUGGCAUCAAAUAUGUCCUUUCUCCCUACAAAUUGAAUUUGGUUGCUACUCCUCUUUUUGUGAAGCCUGGGAUUCCAUAUUCUGUCAAGGUGCAAGUUAAGGAUUCAUUUGACCAUUUGGUAGGAGGGAUACCGGUGACCCUGAGUGCAAAAACGCUCGAUGUGAACCAAGAGACAUCUGACUUGGAGUCAAAGAAAAGUGUAACACGUUCCAGUGAUGGAGUAGCUUCUUUUGUGGUGAAUCUCCCAUCUGAAGUGACGGUGCUGGAGUUUAAUGUCAAGACCAACGAUCCAGAUCUUCCCGACGAAAAUCAGGCCAGUAAAGAUUACCGAGCAAUAGCGUAUUCAUCUCUCAGCCAAAGUUACCUUUAUAUUGACUGGACAGAAAACUAUAAACAUUUGCUUGUGGGAGAACAUCUGAAUAUUGUUGUUAAACCCAGAAGCCCAUAUAUUGACAAAAUAACUCACUACAAUUACUUGGUUUUAUCCAAGGGCAAAAUUGUUCACUUUGGUACAAGGGAUAAACUUUCAGAUUCAGCUUAUCAAAGUAUAAACAUUCCAGUGACACAGAACAUGGUUCCUUCAGCUCGUCUCCUGGUCUAUUACAUCGUUACAGGAGAGCAGACUGCAGAAUUAGUGUCCGAUUCAGUCUGGUUAAAUAUUGAGGAAAAGUGUGGCAACCAGCUCGAGGUUCAUCUGUCUCCAAGUACAGAUACAUAUUCCCCUGGCCAACGGGUAUCUCUUAAUAUGGAAACUGAGUUGGAUUCCUGGGUAGCUUUAACAGCAGUGGAUAGUGCUAUAUAUGGAGUGCAAAGAACAGCCAAGAGACCCCUGGAAAGAGUAUUUCAAACUUUAGAGAAGAGUGACCUGGGCUGUGGGGCAGGCGGUGGCCGAGACAAUGCAGACGUAUUCUACCUAGCUGGACUCACUUUCCUCACCAACGCAAAUGCAGAUAACACCCAAGAAAAUGAUGAACCUUGUGAGGAAAUUCUCAGGCCAAAGAGAAUGCUGAAAAAGAAGAUAGAGGAAGAAGCUGCUAAAUACAAACACAUAAUGGUGAAGAAAUGUUGUUAUGAUGGAGCCCAUCGGAAUGAUGAUGAAAACUGUGAGCAGCGAGCCGCUCGGAUUACGAUAGGCCCAAGAUGUGUCAAAGCUUUCAAGGAAUGUUGUGCCAUCGCAAGCCAGUUCCGGGCUGAAGAGCCUCGCAAAAAUAUCCAACUAGGAAGGCUACAUAUAAAGUCUCUUUUACCAGUAACCAAACCAGAAAUAAGAAGCUAUUUUCCAGAAAGCUGGUUAUGGGAAGUUCAUCAUGUCCCCAAAAGAAACCAACUGCAGUUUGUGCUACCUGAUUCUCUAACUACCUGGGAAAUUCAAGGUGUUGGAAUUUCAAAUAGUGGUAUAUGUGUUGCUAAUACUCUGAAAGCAAAGGUGUUCAAAAGCGUCUUCCUGGAAAUGAAUAUACCAUAUUCUGUUGUACGAGGGGAACAGAUCCAACUGAGUGGAACUGUUUACAACUAUAGAACAUCUGGAAUUCAGUUCUGUGUUAAAAUGCGUCCUGUGGAGGGGAUCUGUUCAUCGGGAAGCCCAGGCAUCGACCCUCAGGGGAGAAGAUUCCCCAAGUGUGUGCCCCAAAGAAUCGAGGGCUCCUCCAGCCACUUGGUGACCUUCACCGUGCUUCCUCUGGACACUGGCCUCCACAACAUCAGCUUCUCACUGGAAACUUCGGUUGGAAAUGAAAUCUUAGUAAAAACACUACGAGUGGUGCCAGAAGGUGUCAAAAGGGAAAGUUAUGCUGGUGUUACUCUGGAUCCACAGGGUAUCUAUGGCACCAUUAGUAGGCGAAAGGAGUUCCCAUACAGGAUACCAUUAGAUAUGGUCCCCAAAACAAAAGUUAAAAGAACUGUGAGUGUAAAAGGACUGCUUAUAGGCGAGAUCAUGUCUGCAGUUCUGAGUCAGGAAGGCAUUGAUAUUCUUACCCACCUCCCCAAAGGGAAUGCAGAGGCGGAACUGAUGAGCGUCGUCCCAGUAUUCUAUGUUUAUCACUACCUGGAAGCAGGAAAUAAUUGGAACAUCUUUUCUACGAACUCAUUAACUCAAAAACAGAACCUGAAGACAAAAUUAAAAGAAGGGAUGGUGAGCAUCAUGUCCUUCAGAAAUGCUGACUAUUCUUACAGCAUGUGGAAGGGUGGCAGUGCUAGUACUUGGUUAACAGCUUUUGCUCUAAGAGUACUUGGACAAAUAAGUAAAUAUGUAGAUCAGAACCAAAAUUCAAUUUGUAAUUCUUUAUUGUGGCUGCUUGAGAAAUGCCAACUAGAAAAUGGAUCUUUCAAGGAAAAUUCUGACUAUCAACCUGUGAAGUUACAGGGGACCUUGCUUGUUGAAGCCCAAGAGAAGACUUUGUAUCUUACAGCCUUUGCUGUGAUUGGAAUUAGAAAGUCUUUCGAUAUAUGCCCCUUGGAGAAAAUCAGCACGGCUGUAAGUAAAGCUGACAACUUUCUGCAUGAAAAUGCCCUCUCAACCCAGAGUGCUUUUACACUGGCCAUUGCUGCUUACGCUCUUUCCCUAGGAGAUAAAGCACACCCACAGUUUCGUUCGAUUGUCUCUGCCCUGAAGAAGAAAGCUUUCGUCAAAGGUAACCCACCCAUUUAUCGCUUUUGGAAAGAUGAUCUUCAGCAGAAAGACAGCUCUACACCUAGUACUGGCACAGCUCGUAUGGUAGAAACCACAGCCUAUGCCUUACUUACCAGUCUGAACUUGAAAGACAUGAAUUACGUGAAUCCAGUCAUCAAAUGGCUAUCAGAAGAGCAGAGAUAUGGAGGUGGCUUUUAUUCAACCCAGGAUACAAUUAAUGCCAUCGAGGGCCUAACAGAGUAUUCGCUCCUGGUUAGAAAACUCCACUUGAACAUGGAUAUCAAAGUGUCUUACAAGAAUAAAGGUGACCUCUACCAUUAUAAGAUAUCAGAGAAGUAUUUCCUUGGGAGGCCAAUAGAGGUACCUCUCAAUGACGACCUCGUCGUCCUAACUACUGGACAAAACAGUGGCUUGGCUACAGUGCAUGUAAAAACUGUGACUCACAAGAUCAGUACCUCGGAGGAAGUUUGCAGCUUCCAUUUGAAAAUUGAAACCCAGGAAAUUGAAGCCUCCAGCUACGGCAGCUCAGAAUACAAGCGCAUAGUGGCCUGCGCCAGCUACAAGCUCGGCAGUGAAGAAUCGUCAUCUGGGUCCUCCCAUGCGGUGAUGGAUAUCUCUCUGCCUACUGGAGUCAGUGCAAACCCAGAAGACUUAAAAGCUCUUGUGGAAAGGGUGGAUCAAUUAUUAACUGAUUACGAAAUCAAAGAUGGGCAUGUUAUUCUGCAACUCAACUCGAUUCCUUCCGAUGAGUUCCUUUGUGUUCGAUUCCGGAUAAUUGAACUUUUUGAAGUUGGGUUUCUGAGUCCUGCUACUUUCACAGUGUAUGAGUACCACAGACCAGAUAAACAGUGUACCAUGUUUUAUAGCACAUCCUACACCAAACUUCAGAAAGUCUGUGAAGGAGUGACAUGCAAAUGUAUUGAAGCUGACUGUGGGCAAAUGCAGGCAGAAUUGGAUCUGACAAUCUCUGCAGCUACUAGAAAAGAAACAGCAUGUAAACCAGAGAUUGCAUAUGCUUAUAAAGUUGAGAUCAUAGCUGUCACUGAAGAAAAUGCUUUUGUUAAGUACACCGCAACUCUCCUGGAUAUCUUCAAAGCCGGAGAAGCUGCUGCUGAGAGAGACUCUGAAAUUACCUUCAUUAAAAAGACAACCUGCUCCAAUGCCAACCUGGAGAAAAGAAAACAGUACUUAAUUAUGGGUAAAGAGGCCCUGCAGAUAAAAUACAAUUUCCGUUUCAAGUACAUCUACCCGUUAGAUUCCUCAACCUGGAUUGAAUAUUGGCCUACAGACUCCAGGUGUCCAUCAUGCAAAAGAUUUUUGGAGAGUCUAGGUGAGUUUGCCGAAGACAUCUUUUUAAACGGCUGUGAAAGCACCUGA